AUGCCUCGAUACUGGGCACUUGGAGCUCUUCUUUUGGGCUGCAUCAUUUCUGCCGCUGACCUCUGUGAGCCCCCGAAUCGUUGGGUUCUAAAGGGACAAUGUGCGAAUAUACUUGUAAAUGCCGCUCCAAACGAAAUUUACGACUGCUGUGGAAAUGCUUAUCCCAAUGCGAAUACGUCCACCACAACAAGGCAGCGCCCAAUCCCAACUCCUUCGCCAAAAGAGCGUUUGAAUUGCGGGUUGGAAAAUGGAAAUCUUCUGAAUUUUAGUAGGCAAAUACCCGAGAAGAACCCUUGGCCUGCUCAAUAUCCCUGGCUGAUUGCCCUGUUCUCCAAUGGCACUUACCUUGGAGUAGCAUCCCUGGUUGCCCCAGGAACUGUACUAACUGCAGCUCACCUAGUGAUGAAUAGGAAUGCGGAUGAUAUUGUGGUGAGAGCUGGUGACUACGACUUUUUGUUGCGCGGAGCGCAGUUUCCGCCGGAUGAGCGUCGUGUGGACAGAAUCCGGAUCCAUGAGAACUUUCAAUACCAGACCGAGGAGAACAACGUAGCACUUCUAUACCUCCAGUCCCCGUUCAAACUGAGAACACAUAUCGCACCCAUUUGUUUACCUGUCCAGGAUGAGUCAUUCGAGCAAAAGCGCUGCAUUAUUGCCGGAUGGGGAAAGGGGGUUGUCCACCCUUACACACAAUUUUUGGAUAUACAAAUCAAAAUGGAUGUGCCAAUAGUGAGCAGGACAUUCUGCCAGAAUCAGUUAAGGCAAACCAGGCUCGGCAUGGAGUAUAACCUACCAUAUAGUCUAAUUUGCGCCGGCGGUGAAAGAGAAAAGGAUGCCUGCUUUUUCGAUGGUGGAUCUGCAUUGUUCUGUGCACAGAACAAUUUUCCUUCUCGUUACGUUCUGGCAGGCGUCUUCAGCUUUGGUUUGUGUGAACUGAAAAACGUUCCUUCAACGUUUACCAAUUUGGCCAUGUUCGGAGAUUGGCUUUAUCAGAACCUCUAGAAGU